AUGGAGUGGGACUUUUGGACGGCACUGUUAUUUGCUGGCACCGUUUGUACGACUAUAGGAUAUGGCCAUAUCUACCCAAUCACUAAUGCCGGCAAGAUUGUCACUAUGAUAUUCGCACUGUUCGGCAUUCCACUAAUGCUGCUGGUACUUCAAGAUAUCGGCAAACUGCUCACGAUAACCAUGAAGUUCCCGUGGUUCCAAACGAAACGUGUCGUUCGUCGCAUUUUGAGGUAUUAG